GAGCUUGAUCGUCCUCUCUGUCUCUCUCUCUCUCUCUCUCUCUGACCAAGACUUCUCAGAAGGGCUUCUCUUGUCGCCUGCAACGUCUGUCUGUGUCCAGAAACCAGUAGCUUCUUCGUAUCUCGCUGUUUUCUUCUUCUUCUUCUUCUUCUUCCUCUUCUUCUUCCUUUUUGGAGUUUUUGUGGAGUUCUUGAAUCGUCUUGCUUGGGAUCAGGGUGCUGACUGCUGGGUACUUGGUAGUGCUUUCGGUGGGUUUGAGGAUUUCCGCGGUUUUGAUUAUCGGGGGGAGGUUUGGAUCUUGAUUUUCUUGCUGAUAUUUUUGUGGUGUUUUCUUCCUGAUGAGAGUCCGUAUGUGAAUCCGCUGUCUGAACGAGGAAAAAAGAUCUGUCUUCCUCUUGUCCCCUUGCCAACUUCUGCCUUUACACUUUCGAGGCUUCACACCGCGACUUGAAAAAAGAAGCUCACGACCUUCUUCACGGAUCCCCCAAAACCCUAUCUCAAAUUCUGUGCACUCCAAUCCCAAUAUCUUCCCCUCUUCAGCUUGAACCUAACCGGGCCAAGAUUCAGUUUCGCGCAUGCCCUUUGAGCUCUAGCUCACAGAUUCGCUCUCAAAAUCGAGUCUUUUUGGCCUCAGAACCACGGAUUUCGACCCUUUUCGGUGCCCAGAACUCUGAGAACUUGAACUUGUUUUCUUUUGGUAAGUCUCGCUCGGAAAGGAGGUGAGAAGAUGCAGCCAGACCCGUCAUCACUGUUCCAACCCACGACGAGGCCUCAAUUCCCAGAGCAAGAGCAGCUGAAAUGCCCUCGCUGCGAUUCCACCAACACCAAGUUCUGCUACUACAACAACUACAACCUCUCGCAGCCGCGCCACUUCUGCAAGGGCUGCCGUCGCUACUGGACCAAAGGCGGCGCCCUCCGCAACAUCCCCGUGGGCGGCGGCACCCGGAAGGCCACCAAACGGGCCUCCUCCAAGUCCAAGCGUCACAAUGCGGGGUCCGGUUCGGAUGCGGGCGCGGAUCACCCGCAGGCCCCUGGGUCGAGCCAGUCCCAGAAUCUGACUGCCGAAGAAGCGUCGCAAUCUCCGCCGAGCUUUGUCGGGCCGGCACUGGAUCUGGAUCCGGCCAGGAUUUACGGCAUGCCGGCCGACCUGGAAAGGAGGAUGCUUGAUGUGUCCGGAACCUUCAGCUCGCUCCUGGGGACGAGUGGGCAAUUCAUGAGCAUCUUGGAGGGUCCCAAUCUAAACGCCCCGGGAGCGAGCAUGGUGCCGUUCGGUGGGCUCGGGGACGAAGAGAAACCGGGCAAUGUCCACGCCCCGGGGCCGGCUCGCGAUCCGGGCGCCACAGAUGGUCCCGACAAUUUCAUGGACAUCCAGAACGGGGAUUCGGGUUGCUGGACCGGAGGGAGCGGAUGGCCCGAUCUCGCGAUCUAUACCCCCGGCUCAAGUUUUCACCGAUAGAGAGAGAUAGGGAGAUUACUAAAUUUGGUCGAUUCUCUAUUCCUUUUGCUUUCCCUCUUCCCCUCAUUUAUCUUCAUGGUGACGAUUUUCCUGGCAUCGGAAUGUAGAUGAGAAAACGGAAGGCACAUUACACACCUCAGUAUAUACCACUAAAACAUAUAUCCAUAGGUAUGCUUGGUCUUGGUUUCUGUCUUAGCCACUUUUGUGCUGGAUCUAUGUUGUCCAAAACUCACUCAUGUGUAACUAAAUUACAAACUAUAGUAGGCUUGUGCUGUAGGGUGUGUCUUGCACUUGUUAGUGUUGACUUUUUACCGGGGAGAGAGUGCUGUGAAUCCAUUGCAAGAGAGGAAUGCAGCAUUUGGCAUUGCUUCUGUGCUUGCUCUUCAGAAGUUCAUGAAUCAUUUUGUAAUGUGGGUGAUGAUGAUUUGAGAUGAUGAGGCAUGUUCUGACUGAGAUGAUGAGAGCGGGUGAAGAGAUAUGGUGGGGUGGCAACAAGAGUCUUGGUUCUAGUUGAAUGGAUUUGCGGUUUUGUCUUGUAAAGCGUGGACAAAAGCUAGUCGUGAUCUCACUGGAUAUUAUUUUAUUACCCGGAAGUUUCUAUCUUUGUCGCCUCUUUUUUCCUGUAAAGUAAUGGCCGAAUCGUCCACUCCCUUUCAACUUCCAAAAGAAGUCAAAGUGCAAUUUGUUUUUUA